AUGCGGUGCGAUACCGAAGCAGCCAAGAAGGCGGUUGCACGCAUGCGUGCAGCCAAAGAGAGCACUUCUCAAGCCUCAGCAGCAGGUGAUUGUUCACCUGCUGUUGCAAGUGAGCAACAGACAGUGCCUGUUGUGACUAGUCCACGUGAUGAGUCACCACGUGUGAAAAACACAAACUCUGCGUCUGCAUUGGAUGCUACGACUUACAAAGCGGAUGAGCCUGAAAUAGGGAUCAUCUAUUCUGGCGAGUCGGAUCAUACACCCGACUCGAAGGCGGAGCCUCCUGCCUCCAGAUAA